CCGAUCUCUCUUACGGUUAGGGUUGUUUAUAUGUAAGAGGAACAAGAAACCACCGGUGGCCGGCCUGCACCGUCUUCUCGGCGCCCGCAGCAGCAGCAGCGGCGAUCUCCGGCGGCGAGGCACGGUGGGGGUUCGGUGUCGGUUCACCGUGCGAUCCAACCGGUCUAUAUUUAACUGGGCCGCUUCGGUUCGUUUGCCACUGUCUCUCCACCCGCUCGCCUUGUGUGUCGUGCUCGUGCGUGUUGCUUGGGUAGACGGAGGUCCCAACCUGUCCAGGCCGACUUCGGUUUGACUCUGGACCAGGACCCGGAGGGUGCCUCCGCCCGCAUGUGGUCCAGUCUCGGUACAGGAUUGAAGAACGCGGAAGCAAGCGUCGCGAUCUCCGCCGUCCCCGCAACUCCCUUAGCUCUUGAAGGCCCCUUGCGAUCUUGAUUCUUUUGGGCGUUCGAUUCGAGGAGGAGAAAGAUCCGUACGGAGGAAAGCGAGGAGAUGGCCGAGAACGAUUUACCAGAUCAAAAUUUCGCACCCACGAAGAAGAAAAAGUCCGACGAUGAAUCCGAGAAGAGGAGAAAAAAAAUUACUCCUGGAAGUUUGAUGAAAGCAAUUAUCAGAUCAGGAGAGGGCCAAGAGAAGCCUGUCGAGGGAGAUCAGGUUAUAUUCCAUUGCACCACUCGGACCGUAGAUGGUAUUGUUGUCGAUUCAACAAGAUUAGAACAUGGAGGCAAGGGAAAUCCUAUAAGAAAUGUUUUGGGGAAGAGCAAGACGAUAUUGGGGUUUCUUGAAGGCAUUCCUACCAUGACAAAGGGUGAAGUAGCCAUGUUCAAAAUGAAACCUGAGAUACACUAUGCUGAGGAGGACUGUCCAGUUACAGUUUCAGAUGACUUCCCAAAGAAUGAUGAACUCCACUUUGAAAUUGAGAUGCUGGAUUUUCAUAAAGUUAAAGUUGUUGGUGAAGAUUUGGGAGUCGUGAAGAAGAUAAUUAGUGAAGGACAAGGAUGGGAAUGUCCAAGAGAACCUUAUGAAGUGGAAGCUCGGAUUAAUGCUAAGACAAUCGAUGGAAAAUUGGUUCUGUCACAUUCAGAGGAUCCAUAUUCCUUUACCUUUGGUAGAUCUGAGUUACCAAAAGGGCUUGAGAUGGGUAUUGGGACAAUGGCACGAGGAGAAAAGGCAGCAAUUUUUUUGAGCAAAACCUACAUGACAAAAUCUUCUCUCAUGCCUAUGAUUGAGGAUCAUGAAGAAAUCCAGUUUGAAGUUGAACUAAUCCAUUUUAUACAGGUAAGGGACAUGCUUGGUGAUGGCCGUCUUAUAAAGCGCCGGAUUGUUGAUGGACGAGGUGAAUUUCCAAUGGACUGUCCUCUUCAUGACAGCUUGCUGAGGGUGCACUACAAGGGAAUUCUUCUUAAUGAAGAAAAGACUGUGUUUUAUGAUACUAGAGUUGAUAACUAUGGCCAGCCUUUGGAGUUCAGUUCUGGAGAAGGGCUUGUGCCUGAGGGACUUGAAAUGUGUGUUCGACUAAUGCUUCCUGGAGAGAUAUCCCUUGUUACCUGCCCUCCAGAUUAUGCAUAUGACAAAUUUACAAGACCUGCCACUGUUCCUGAAGGAGCUCAUGUUCAGUGGGAAAUCGAGUUGCUUGACUUUGAAAUGCCCAAGGAUUGGACUGGAUUGUCUUUUCAAGAGAUUAUGGAUGAUGCGGAGCACAUAAAAAACACAGGAAACAGGCUAUUUAAAGAAGGGAAGUAUGAACUUGCUAAAGCGAAGUAUGAGAAGGUGCUUCGGGAAUAUAAUCAUGUAAAUCCACAAGACGAUGAUGAAGGAAAAAUCUUUUUGAAUUCAAGAAAUUCAUUGCAUUUGAAUGUUGCAGCCUGUUACCAGAAAAUGGGUGAAUUUAGAAAAUCAAUUGAGACAUGCAAUAAGGUAUUAGAUGCUAGUCCCGUACAUGUCAAAGCGUUGUAUCGGCGUGGCAUGGCUUACAUGUUAGUUGGAGAUUCUGAUGAAGCGAAGAAAGAUUUUGAAAUGAUGAUCAGCAUUGAUAAAUCUUCAGAACCUGAUGCUACUGCGGCCCUUCUAAAGCUGAAGCAAAAGGAACAGGAGGAAGAUAAGAAGGCAAAGAGGCAAUUCAAAGGGCUCUUUGACAGGAAGCCCGGAGAAAUCGCUGAAGUUGGAGGUGAUGUGAAAGACGACAAGAUUCCAGAUAAAGCAGAGAAUGAAAUUGAGAAUUCAGGCUCAGAAAAGGAUAUCAGUAAGACCGAUCUCGAUGGGGGUGUGACUGACAGUGAACAUGAACGUGAACCUGAACCUGAACCUGAACGGAUAGGAUUUCUUGGUCGCUUAUGGCCUUCUGGUAGAAGAAUCAUCGCGGCUCUUGGACUUAAUAGGUGCUCGAUACUGUGAAGAGAUGUUCCUUUCGAAGUUGUAAUCUAUCAGCACUGAUCCCACAGCAAGCAGUGUGGUUUAAUAGCUUAUGUUGAUUAAUCCACCGUACUUUUGCUGCAUUAAUACGUGAGUGUAGAGUAUUAAUGUCGUUUGUA